AUGCUGAUUAAAGAGUAUCGCAUUCCGGUACCUAUGACUGUUGGUGAAUAUCGGAUUGCUCAAUUGUACAUGAUUGUGAAAAAGAGUCGUGAAGAAACGAAUUGUUCCGGUAGUGGUGUUGAAAUAAUUCGAAAUGAACCUUAUACAGAUGGACCCGGUGGUAGUGGACAGUAUACUUUUAAAAUUUAUCAUAUCGAACGUCAUUUGCCUGGCUGGUUUAAAGCCAUAUUACCAGCGAAUGCAAUGAAAAUUGAAGAAGAAGCAUGGAAUGCUUAUCCAUAUACAAAAACACGUUACCGUUGUCCGUUUAUUGAUCGUUUUCUAUUGGAAGUAGAAACAUGUUAUCAAGCGGAUUUCGGUACGCAAGAAAAUAUUUUUAAUUUAAAAUCACAAGAAAUCGAACAACGAACUGUUGAAUUUCUUGAUAUUGUUCACAGUCAACCAUUAGCAGAUAUUCCAACAGAAAAUCCAGCAAUGUUUCGUUCGGAAAAAACAGGUCGUGGCCCAUUAGCACCUGAUUGGUUUGAACAAAUCAAAAAAUAUGAUCGAAAAGAAUCGAUUAUGUGCGCUUAUAAAUUAUGCCGAGCCGAAUUUCGCUAUUGGGGUAUGCAAAGUCGAUGCGAACGAUUUAUUCAUGAAAUAGCUUUGCGUAAAACUAUUUUACGGGCGCACCGACAGGCAUGGUGUUGGCAAGAUGAAUAUCAAGGCUUAACAUUAGCCGAUAUUCGACGUUUAGAAGAUGAAACGCAACAUGAACUAAAUAACCGUAUGGCACAAUUUCAAAUUGAAAAUAGUCAUCUAUCAUUCAACAACAACAAUAAUUCAACUAAAUCAACUGACGACACUCACGAUGUUAAGCAACCGUUAUCAAUAAGACGAAGUCGGCAAAUGUCUAUUGAUAAUAUCAAUGCUAGCCGACCAAGAAUUAAUUCAUUUCCGGUACCACCAUUACCUAGAGAUGAAAUAUCUGACGAUGAAUUUUUCGAUGCUGAAACUUUCAUCGAAAAUAUGCCAAAUGUACGUUCAAGUCGGAGCUUAAUUUAUUCAACUGACGAUAUUCAAUUACACAAUUCAAUGAAUUCCGACUCUCAUCAAUCAAGUAUCGACGAUGAUGAAAGAGCAUGUGGAUUAUCAGCGUCAGAUGAUAAUAACAAUAAAUGUACCAUUGAAAUUCUUAUUCUCAUUUUCUAUGGCGGAAAUAUUUACUCAACCGAAGAUGCGUUUGUUAGUGCUAAAAAAACUGAUUUUAUCAGUUUUCGUUCGACGUUCGAGACUAUUGUACGAAAUCAUUAUCCAUCUGUAGAAGGAAAAACGGCAAUUCGUUUUGUCGAAUGUCGUUCUAUAUGUAUUGAAGCGAUCGAGUUACUUAAUCGUUUAUCACCCUAUGGCGCUUUAAAUAUAACACAUGAUAUAUCGCAUGGCGAAACACUCCCAAUCAAUGCAAUUCCAUUAUUUGCAACAUCGAAUUCAGGCUAUCAAACAAAUCUAGCAAAUGUUGUCGCAUCAGCCAAUAAAGUCUACCAGGAAUUUAUAUCAUCGAAAGAAGGAAGACAUUUUUCAGGACAAGUUGUGAUUAUCGGAGAUGCAAAUGGUGCAAUUUUAGCUUACGAUGCCUUAUGUUUAAAUCAUACUCUAGAUGAUACGACUUCAUUGUAUGGUGGUGAAGACGGUUUAACGCCACGUACACCAGCACUUGGCAAACGAACUCACAAUGAGACGAAUGAUGCGAAUUCAGGAAAUUCAUCGAAUCGACUCAGCGCUAAAUGUACGGUAACUAACGAUAAUGUUGAAGUUGGCGAUAAUGUGGAAAGUCUUCGUACUAGACAAGAAAAUUCAAGUAUUAUGUUGGGAUUUGAUGUAAAUGAAUUCUUCUCAUUUGGUUCACCUCUUUCACUUAUUCUUGCUUAUCGACAAAUGGUUUCUGAUAGAGUUGUUCGUCCAUGUUGUGGACAAUUGUACAAUUUAUUUCAUGCCUGCGAUCCAAAUGCAUCGCGUAUCGAACCUUUAAUACAAUCAGAAUUUAGUCAAAUUCCUCCGUGCUGUAUUCCUCGUUAUUCACAAUUCCCAUUAGGCGAUGGAGAAUCAACCUUAUUGAUUGAAUAUAUUCAUCAAUAUUCGAAACUGUUCUUAAAUAAUAGUACAAAUCAGGUGCCCAAUGCAACAAAUAUUCUUUUUGCUGAUAUUCGUCAAACUUGGUGGGGUUCAAGGCGUACCGAUUAUAUUGUUUAUUGUCCGGAAUCUCUCAUGAGCCAACCAGCACACGUUCUACCCAUUGUUUUUCAUUCAAGUUACUGGGAAUCUCGUGAUGUCAUGUCAUUUAUUUUACGAAAUAUAACACGCAAUCAAGAACAAUUUCACCUGUUUAAUAGUCCAGCAAAUACGAAUCCAUGUUCGUUCGCUCCUGUUAAACCAACGGAACGUUGGUUACAUCGCACUACAGCUGUUAAAAUACGAAAUUUAGCACCAAAUCAUCGAGGAAAUGAUACGAUGGUAGUCGAUGCACGAGCGCAAACUAUUCAUGCAAAAUUUCACUACGGACCAAUUGAUAUGGUCUGUUUAGCUAAUGAAAAAGUCGAUAUUUAUGUGAUGAGAUCAGCACCUUACGGAGAAUGGACUUUACUCGAUACAGCUGAAACCGAUACUCAUGGUCGUGUACGAUAUACAAUAUCGGAUGAUAAAAAAUUACCACUGGGAUUGCAUCCGGUUAAACUUGUUGUUCGCGGCGAUCACACAACGAUUGAUCUUUAUUUAACUGUAUUACCGCCGAAGAGUGAAGCAGUUAUAUUUAGUAUCGAUGGAUCGUUUACAUCGAGUUUUUCAGUUAGCCAUCAUGAUCCUAAAGUACGACCCGGUGCUGUUGAUGUCGUCAGAUAUUGGCAAGAACUGGGCUAUAUUAUUAUUUAUGUAACAGCACGUCCAGAUAUUCAACAGCAGCAAGUUGUUCAUUGGCUUGCUCAACAUAAUUUUCCGCAUGGCAUGACAUUGUUCAAUGAUGGGAUCUAUCGUGAACCAAUUAAACAUAAAUCUGAAAUGUUAAGACAAGUUGUCGAAAAUGCAGAUUUAGUGAUCACAGCCGCUUAUGGUUCAUCAAAAGAUGUUCCUGGCUAUCAACUCAUUCAUAUACCAGCUGACAAAACAUUUGUAGUUGGUAAAGUAAAAAAUCGUCUUCAAGGACAAGCACGUUUUCUUGUCGAUGGAUAUGCAUUACAUUUAACUGAACUUUCGAAACCGGGUACGGUUCGACCAUCGAAAUCGAAUUCUCGUCAUUUGAUACGCCGAGCUUGUUUUAAUUUACCGAAAUCCACAACUACCACGACAACAGCACAAUCAACGAUAUCAUUGAUCAAUAGCAAACAAUCGAAUUCACUCACAGCCAUAUCAAUGCCGGCAACUCAACAUCCUGUGAUCGAUCAAUCGUUAUCAGUACCUUUAACACAUCGAAAAGCUAAUUUAAAUGAUGAAACCAAUGAUUCUCAACAUCAUCGUUUAGUAUUAAGUACGUCACAAUCGAAAGACGCACCAUCACGUGGCAUCUCACCACGUAUUAAUCAUAACAGGCCACCAACAAGUAAUACCUAUAAUCCUUCAUCGAUUGAGAGACUAUAG